AGGGCAGUUCAGUGAAUUGUCCUGUGGUUCUGUCACACUGGCUCUCUCUCCGUCUCUCAUUAAGACUGGUGAGCUAGGCAGCAUGGUUCCUCCAGGGUGGACUCUGGUAGCUGUCUUACUUUCUCUUGUCUCAGUUCUAGGCCCUGUUUCAACCUCUGAUAUCCAUGAAAAUGUGUGUAAGACCUUUGGCAGUGGAGUCGUCCAGAUGUUCAACGGAACCGUAUUCUACGUCCACUCCACCUGUCCCUUCACGCUGACACGUUUUACUCACAACCGGGUGGACUGUGACAUCACCGUGCGUCGAGGUGAAAACGGCCUGCUGGAAUAUGUCGAGAUCAACGUCAACAAGAUCCAGACCCGGAUUCUGUACAAUGGAACCAUCUUCGUCGAGCAGAGAAUGGUGUCCCUUCCCUACGACCACACCUAUCAACAUGUGUUCCAGUACGGUACCAACACCAAGCUGAGGAGCACUGUUCUACCUCUGUCUGUCAUCUGGAGCAGUGUGGGCGUGGGCAUCGACUCUCUCUGGGUGAAACUGGAGCAGGAGCUAGUCCCUGGAAUGACUGGACUCUGUGGACGACCAGAUAUACCAGAUGACCGUCAGCAAUUGAUUGCAAAGAGUGUUCAUUCAGAGGACGGGUGCCAGACCAUGGACUCCCUCCGCACUAAGAGCAAGGUCUGUCAGACGUUCCUCUCCAACUACGUUGAAUGUCUGCAGGCUAACACAAGCAAAUACAUAAUUCUUUGUCAAGAGAAUAUUUACGGAUAUGAAAAAGAGCUUUAUGUAGGAUGUGCGUUCUACAAAGAAAUCGCCCAUCGGUGUCAGACCAGCUAUGCUUGGAGGACCUUGACACACUGUCCUGAGUUCAGUUGCCCAGGAGAACUACACUUUGAGGAGCAGGGUGAUGCGUUUGUUCCCACCUGUUCCAACCCAGCACCUAGAACCAAUGAUCAGGACAUCACCAGCACCUGUGUCUGCCCCCAAGGACAGGUCUUGAACGAUCGAGCAGAGGGCCAUUACUGUGUAAGUGAGUCAGCCUGCCCGUGUGUGUACGCCGGGAGGAACUAUGCACCGAAGGAAGAACGCAGAACUAAAUGCCAGACCUGUAUGUGCUACAAUGGCAAGUGGAUAUGCUCUCAGAACAGCUGCCCUAGUAGGUGUGUGAUUGAAGGGCAGUUUGUGACCACGUUCGAUGGGAAACAGUAUACCCUUCCCGGUAAAUGCUCAUACAUGGCCUCGAAGGGUUUUAAUUGGACGAUUACCAUACAUUUUUCUGAGACGACGUCCUCCAUCCAAAACGUGUUUCUUCAGAUUUACCAGAAUACCUACAGAUUCUCUCACAACAGUGUGCAGUUUGAGAAAGAGGAAAUCCGAGAGCUACAUCAGUCAGACAACGCCAUGGUGUUCUGGCAGUCAUCCAUGUAUGUCCAGGUAUUGACAUCCUUUGGCAUGAAGAUCCAAGUCCAGACGUCUCCAGACCUCCAGCUCUAUAUCACACUACCACAGAGUGAAGUAGGGAUGCCAGAAGGACUUUGUGGAAACUACAAUACCGAUACCACUGAUGAUUUCACCACAAGCAGUGGUAUCGUAGAAAAUGCAGCGGAACCGUUUGCGCUGUCCUGGAGUGUAGGGGACUGUCCUGUUAACAUACCUAAAGUCUGUAUCAACACCGACAACGAAAUAUUUGCAGACGAGAAGUGUCACACCUUGAGAGACUCCAGUGGGAUUUUCGCCAAGUGCUACGAUCACGUGCCUACUGACAAUUACCACAAGGCUUGUAUCCAGAGAACGUGUACCUGUGGAACUGGGCUGCAGCAGUGUUUGUGUGUGGCCUUGGCAAAUUAUGCCAAAGCCUGUGCCAACCAGGGCAUCACAGUGGGUGACUGGAGAAGGGCCACUAACUGCACGGUACCGUGUGAGAACAAUCAGAGGUUUGACUACGAAAUGCAGGCGUGCAACAGCACCUGUCUCUCCCUAUCCCGGCCAGACCCCAGGUGUGGGGUGGAGGAUGCACCUGUGGAGGGCUGUGGCUGCCUGGAGGGCACUCAUCUGACCGGGGGGCUCACCUGUACCCCGAAGGCCCAGUGUCCAUGUCACCAUCAGAGAGGAGUCACACCACCAGGACCUGUUGCCAUCGAUGGACGACAGUGCAAAUGUGAGGAUGGAGAAUUGCUGUGCUCUGAAGAUUGUGGUUGCACCCAGGGGAAGGUCUGUGUGCAUUGCUCACAAUUUGCCAUAGACACAGCUCAAAAAACAUGUGCCAGUCUGAGCAAACCAAUAAGUGCUGUUCAGAAUUGUACAAGUGGCUGUUACUGUCCAGGGGGCCAGUUGGAAGACCAUAGGGGUGUGUGUGUCACUGUGGACAACUGCACCUGUCAGUACAGCGGCAAAGUGUUCAAAGCAGGACAGAGUGUCAAGACCAACUGUAGAACAUGCACCUGCCGUCAUGCCCAGUGGAGCUGUGUAGAUGAACCAUGCCCUGGUACAUGCCUGGUGUAUGGAAACGGACACUAUCAAACCUUUGACUCUAAAUGGUACCGCUACGAUGGGAACUGUCAGUACACAUUAGUGGAGGAUGGCUGUGGUAGGGAAGCUGGGUCGUUUUCUGUCAAAGUGGAGAGUGUCCCGUGCUGUGACGAGGCUCUGACCUGUUCCCGGACCAUCGUGUUAGACCUGCUGGGUAAUGUCACUCUGACUCUGAAUGAAAUGAAGGUGACGAGACGGCUCCAAGGGGGAUGGGCUUCUCUGGAGGCGGAGCCUCUGUACUCCACCCACACUGUGGGCCUCUACAUCAUGAUCUCAGUGCCUUCUAGAGGACUAACCCUCAUCUGGGACAAACACACCCGACUUACCGUCAUACUGGACGACCGUUGGAGGAACCGAGUGUGUGGACUUUGCGGGAACUUCGAUUCCAACGAGAUGAACGACCUGCAGAUAAGUGGGUCAUCGGUGGUGUCCAGCCCCCUCGCCUUCGGCAACAGCUGGAAGAUGGCCACACCCCCCUGCUCUGACGUGAUCAAUGAGGUGUUUCCGUGCCAGCGCCACUCUUACUGCUCCGCCUGGGCCGAGAGACGCUGUAUGAUCCUCACAGGAGACACCUUUAAGGACUGCCACUUGAAGGUGGACCCAGAGCCCUACUACCAGGCCUGUGUGUUGGAGUCGUGCUCCUGUGAGUUUGAGGGGAAGUUCUUGGGUUUCUGUACGUCCGUGGCGGCCUACGCUGAGGCCUGCAGUGACCAGGACGUGUGUGUCCGCUGGAGAACGCCAGACAUGUGCCCGGUAUACUGCGACUACUACAAUGAGCAGGGCCACAGUAGCUGGCACUACGAUCCCUGUGGACAGAUCAAGACCUGUGGCAAAAACAACCUAUUCACUGGCAAGCUGGAAGGCUGCUACCCGAGAUGCCCAGCAGAGGCUCCAUACUAUGAUGAGAACACAAGGAGUUGCUCCACUUUGGACAACUGCACCUGUUAUUCCAACGAGACUACUGUUGAACCUGGUACAGUUAUCAGGAAACCCACUGAGAAAUGCACUUGUGAACAGGGACGUAUUAACUGUGGUCCUGAUCAAACCACCACAUCUGAACCUACAACCACAGCUACACAAUCAACUACACGGAGAACUCCACCUGAACCUACAACAACUAUACUGACUACUACACCUGAACCUACAACCACACCUAAACAACCCACUACUACACCUACAACCACACCUACACAACCUACUACUACAUCUGGACCUACAACCACAGCUACACAAUCAACUACAAUGAGAACUACACCUGAAGCUACAACAACUAUACUGACUACUACACCUGAACCUACAACCACACCUAAACAACCUACUACUACAUCUGAACCUACAACCACAGCUACACAAUCAACUACAAUGAGAACUACACCUGAAGCUACAACAACUAUACUGACUACUACACCUGAACCUACAACCACACCUAAACAACCUACUACUACAUCUGAACCUACAACCACAGCUACACAAUCAACUACAAUGAGAACUACACCUGAAGCUACAACAACUAUACUGACUACUACACCUGAACCUACAACCACACCUAAACAACCUACUACUACAUCUGAACCUACAACCACAGCUACACAAUCAACUACAAUGAGAACUACACCUGAAGCUACAACAACCUUACUGACUACUACACCUGAACCUACAACCACACCUAAACAACCUACUACUACAUCUGAACCUACAACCACAGCUACACAAUCAACUACAAUGAGAACUACACCUGAAGCUACAACAACUAUACUGACUACUACACCUGAACCUACAACCACACCUAAACAACCCACUACUACAUAUGAACCUACAACCACAGCUACACAAUCAACUACAAUGAGAACUACACCUGAAGCUACAACAACUAUACUGACUACUACACCUGAACCUACAACCACACCUAAACAACCUACUACUACAUCUGAACCUACAACCACAGCUACACAAUCAACUACAAUGAGAACUACACCUGAAGCUACAACAACUAUACUGACUACUACACCUGAACCUACAACCACACCUAAACAACCUACUACUACAUCUGAACCUACAACCACAGCUACACAAUCAACUACAAUGAGAACUACACCUGAAGCUACAACAACCUUACUGACUACUACACCUGAACCUACAACCACACCUAAACAACCUACUACUACAUCUGAACCUACAACCACAGCUACACAAUCAACUACAAUGAGAACUACACCUGAAGCUACAACAACUAUACUGACUACUACACCUGAACCUACAACCACACCUAAACAACCCACUACUACAUAUGAACCUACAACCACAGCUACACAAUCAACUACAAUGAGAACUACACCUGAAGCUACAACAACUAUACUGACUACUACACCUGAACCUACAACCACACCUAAACAACCUACUACUACAUCUGAACCUACAACCACAGCUACACAAUCAACUACAAUGAGAACUACACCUGAACCAACAACAACUAUACUGACUACUACACCUGAAUAUACAACCACACCUACACAACCGACUACAACAAGAACUACACCUGUACUUACGUCAACUAUAUUGACUAUUACACCUGCAUCUACAACCGCACCUACACAACCCACUGUACUACUGAUUACAACACCUGAAUAUACAACCACACUUCAACAACCCACUACAACACCUGAACCUACAACCUCACCUAAACAACCCACAACAACAAGAACCACACCUGAAUAUACAACCACACUAUUCCCAUCGAUAGUCACAGGACCUACAAAUAUUCAACAUAGUACAGGAGCUGUGGUUGUGUUGAGUACUACAGCCGGACAAACCGCUACUGCAGAAGCAACUACAGCAUACAUUGACACUACAACUAAAUUAGCAUCUACACAACCCACAACUACAUUCUCAUAUUCUACAACCAAAUAUGUUGAACCAACAUCUACAACCGAACCAACUCCUUCACAUACUGAAAUGACAACCGAACCAACUCCUUCACAUACUGAAAUGACAACCGAACCAACUUCUUCACAUACUGAAAUGACAACCAAACCAACUCAUUUUACUGAAAUGACAACCAAACCAACAUCUGAAGGACCAUCGACUGAAGCUACAACCCUGUACACAAGUCAACCAACAACCUCCUCUACACGAUCUCCCACUACCUCUGAAUCGACAACAUCUACGGGUCCAACAACAAUGUCAACAACCAUAUCUACAAAGUCUACAACACGUACAAUUUGUGAGUGUAGAGACCUGAAGAGGAACAAGAUAUGGGUGUGUGGAGAGAAGUGGACAGAAGAAUGCUUCAAUAAGAUUUGUAAGGGUGGGAAGAUAGAGAUGACUUCGGUCACCUGUCCGAAUCCAGUUCGCCCCACCACGUGCCCCAGGGGACAGAUGGUCAGUGUCUCAGACGGAUGCUGUAACUACUGGAAGUGUAAUUGUCGUUGUAACCUCUAUGGAGACCCUCACUACAUCUCCUUCCAGGGUGUGACCUUUGACUUCCUGGAUAAUUGUACAUACAUCCUGGUCGAGGAGAAAACGCUGCGUCACCAUCUGACUGUUGCCGUGGACAACUACUUCUGUAUUCCCGAGUUGGACGGCUCCUGUGCCAAAGGCAUCAUCCUGCAGUACCGGAACAACACGGCCACUGUCAGCAUCGUACCGGAUGAGUACAGGGUGAAGUCUACUCUGAACCAGAAGAACGUUGAGCCUCCCUAUGAGGAGAAUGGUAUCAGGUUUGAGACGACAGACUAUAUGGUGUCUGUAUACAUCCCUGAGAUACGCUCACACAUCUCUCUCACACCAUCCAACACUGUGACUGUCACCUUGGCCAUGGAGCAUUUCCUGAAUAACACCCAAGGACAAUGCGGUGUGUGCGGUGGGAGCUCUUGUGUGCGUAGAAGUGGGGAGACUGAAGCUGACAGAUGCUGUGAUAAGACCGCCUAUGACUGGGUCUAUGAGGACCCUCUGAAGCCUGAGUGUAGCGCUGCUCCCAGGGACAUCCCUUGCCAUCCUUCAAACAAUACUACCAGCUGUCCUGGCAGCCCCCUCUGUGACCUUCUCCAUCACCCAGUUUUUGCAGAUUGCAGAAGGCGGGUGAAUCUGAGCCAGCUUGAGAAGAACUGUAGGUUUGAUUCGUGUGGUAGGAACGACAUGGCUUGUUCUCCUCUGGAGCAGGCUGCUGAGGAGUGUAAGAAAGCAGGCCUCUGUGUGGACUGGAGACAACUCACCAACGGGACCUGUGCCAUUAGGUGCCCAACAGGGAUGGCGUACAGAGAGUGCCAAGGUCAAUUGGAUGACUACUGUCACGGAGGAGUCCGUGUUCAAGGGAGAGUACAGGAGGAAGUUAAGGCUGGAUGUUUCUGUCUCAGAGGACAGUUCAGAGCUGAGGAGCACAAGAAGAUCUGUGUGUCGGAGUGUCCCUACUGCAAGGGUCCACUGGGAGAACACAAGCAGCUUGGGGAGACAUGGCAGUCCAACUGCCAGGUGUGUACGUGUAGCAACCAAACCAAGACCGAGGAGUGUCAACCUAACCCCUCCCCUCCCACCCCACCUCUCUGCAGUCAGAACUCAGUCCUGGUUACCGGCUGCUGUGGCAAACAGACUUGUGUUGAGAAGACGUGUAACUAUAAUGGAAGGACCUACAAAGUGGGAGACAGAUGGUCAGACCUUGCCCUGCCUUGUGAGUCCUAUAGCUGUACCAAAGAAGGCAUUCAGACAGUGAGAAGGGUGUGUCCCCAUCAGAACUGCUCAGAGGAGGACAGAGUAUGGGACGAACAACAUUGCUGCUACACAUGUAACCAGACCUGUGCUACCAGGGUUUCUAGUGUGAACAUCACUGUAGACAACUGCACAGCAACACUACAGCUGCCCAUGUGUCAAGGCCAGUGUGGGACAGAGACAAGAUGGAUUGUUGCUCGCAGUCUUCUCCAACUGGAACAGAAGUGCGAGUGUUGCAGAGUGAGGAGUUAUGAGAGGAAGUCAAUGAAUCUGACCUGUACUGGGGGCUCCGUUAUGCCACACCUGUAUGCACAUGUUACCAGCUGCGAGUGCCAGAAGUGCAGUAUAUUGCAGUAAACAUUGCCUUGUGUUCUGAAAGUAUAUGCAUGCACGCAAACCAAAAAAAAAUCUAUAUUGAACUGUUAUUAAGAUGGUGAAAAUGUGCCAAAUCAAUGGUUUUUCUAGAUUCUGCAACCUUCUUAUAAUACUGUCUUGGUCGGUGUGUUGGGGGUAUACUGUACGGUACGUGCAGAACAACGACUUAAUGUUUCCUUGGUGUAAUAGGUUUUUCUAAAUUGCACAUGCUCUGUUCCAGUGCAGGAAGUGGACCAUUGUGUGUAGCAUAUUGUUGAUUGCGUAUGUAUUCCAUAGAUUUCACAUAGGAAAUCUUCUACUGAUCAACCCAGCACUUUUAGCACUUUUUCAGCUAAAUGACUGCAGCUCCAAUUUGAAAGUGAUUUUCUUAUUUUAUUUGAAACGUUUAUUUCAAGAACUGUAACCACUUUGAUUUUGCUGAUUUAUUUUCAAUAAAGUACUGAAGCCUCUACAUUGAACCACUGUUUACGUAUCACAAUCAGUUGACCUUCGCUGAUGAAUUUGCAUGAAUUGAAUUAACAUGAGUAUUGAUUGAGAUUCAUCUGAUACAUUAACAUCAGCAUUGAUUAGCUGAAUUCAAAGAAAGUUGCUAAUCCUAUCAGAGAUAUAUAGGUGCACUAUUACCUACCAAUC